AUUUCAUUGGUAAACUAUUGUCAAAAAUUGACAAGACAAGUACAUUUAAUUAUAUGUGAUGAAAACUAACCAUUCUUGGUCUAGGAUACAUUUGUUUUCGCUCGGCUAUCUUUAAAUCCGAGCUUCCAGUAUGGCCUUCCUUGGGUUUUACCCUGUUUAGACAUAAAAAAAAUUGGGUUAAUAUAUGCAUUGAUAAGUUGUGAAGAGUUUAACUAUAGAUAAUCAUUAAUCUCUUAUUCAUCCCUUUUUUUGUAACAUUUGACAUCUGUUGGUCUUUUAAUUUUGACUUGUAUUUCAAUCAUUCUAUUUUUUCGUGCGAGUUUAAAUUAUUUUAGUUCCUAUCCAUUUCAAAGUCGAGCUCUUUUUAUUUUGUUAAGAAUUGAAUGCCAAUUCCAAAUUUUCUCCCAUUUUUUUCUGUAGUCAUGUGGAUCUCUAUUACUUUUUUUGUUUCACAUUGAUGAAGAUCAUGGUUGAGGUUUCGCCGUUUCGCCAUGGUAUCGAAAUUUACAAACAGUAAAAGAGAAGAUAAAUUUGUAUCGAAAUUUACGUCUGCGUGUUAUUAGACAAAUUGUUAUUGUAUGUGCCCUCGAAAUAAUUAUUAGUAAAAAUGUUUCCUUUUCUUUUAAAAGCAUACACAAGUUCUAAAACUAUAUAGUAUUAUGUUAAAAUCACAAUCACUUAUCAAUCAGGUCAAUUUGUUAUAACAUCUUAAUCACUACCUGAAAUAUUAGGUGCACAAGUAGAUACUAAGUGAUAAAUUUUGUCCCUAGAGAGGGACUUUUCAUGUCAGCUGUUGUCUCAUUGAAAAGAUACUGCCUCAAUAAUUCUAUAACAAAACAAAUUCAAAACUUAUCUCUGCCGUUCAUAGAACUGUCAUGGAUCAGUAAAAGAACGAAAGAAGGCAACAGUCUUCUAUCUUGAUGACUAAGUCUAAGCAAUAAACAUCUAUCAAUAUUCCCAAGAUCUAACAGAAAGCAUUAAUUACAAACACCCAAAAGACUAUAACAAUGGGUACAUCAGUAAACUUUUUUCUGAUUUGGAGUUCAGGAGAGGGCCAAGUAGCUGCGGACAGCAGUAGCGAGCUUAAAACUGUCGAAAAGUCUAUUUGCCUAAUUAACUGGAGCGAAAUAUCCUACAUAUCCCUAAUCAAGAAACAGUAGAGUAGGAGAAUCAAGUGAGAGCUCAAUGAUAUCACUUCCGUGUGUCGGAGUAUUGUGGUACGAGUCUCACUUGUCAAUCUAAAUGACUGAUGUUCUCUUAUAGAUUGAGAUUUUCAUAGAUUUCUCAUCUUACAGAGCCAGUGUGAUAGUAGUAUGUACUUAUGCAGCUAGUUAUAUAGUUAGACUUGGGUUAAGUGAACUGCCUUCCCUUUUCUUUUAAUUUCUUCUUAGUUGCCUAAUCGUUUUACAAUUAGCCAAGCUCUAAAACUGUAGUGAGUAGUCUAGUUAGACUCGAGGUCGGGAUGAAAUAAUCAAUAUAUCCUAAUUCCUAAAUCAACAUACUCUAGAGUCUAGACUAUUGUUAGACUCGGAUUAAGAGCACUAGUGACAUUUCAUUCUCUUUUAGAUGCCUAACUGUUAAACAACUAGCCGUACUCGAAAAUUAUGUAACUGAUUGUAUUCUGUGUAUACUUCUAUUAUUGUUUUUGUUUUUGUUUUUGUUUCAAACUGCAGAGUUACUGGUUGAUUCUCUGAACCACUUUCUGGUUUUGUUUAGUUUGAUUGUUCUGACUAUAGGAACCCAAAAAAUUCAACAAAAGAUAUGAGUUUUUCUCUAAUAUACAGUCUUCUCUUGAAGUAUUACAUAAUAUUAUAAAGUACACAUUGAUAAAACCAAGAAUGAAUAUUGGUAGGCCCUUGUUCAGUGAUACAAAUGACAAUAAUUCAGAUUCCUAUUCACUGUUCCAAUAUCAUUAAGACCCCCCAAAACUUUUGGGGAAUCUAGGAGUACCUCAAGUAUCUUCGUGUUAUCUUUAGAUAUUUGAGUAACAACUCUUGUGGUCUUUUCUCUGUUCUUUAUGUUAAAUUUUUCUUAGCAAAAUCUUUGUAGUCAUCAAUAAUUUUUGCAUGGCGUUGUCAUUUUCUGCUUCAAGUUAUCCCCUGUAUGUUGCAAACAAUGUAAAUAAACACGAGAAGAAACCUAGCGUAAUAAGGUCACCUCCUUCAUCUUCCUUUGCUUUACGGUCAUGCUCUCCUCCUAUAAAAGCUGAUCAUAGUAUAAACAAUUCAUCAGAGCCUCAGAGAAUCUGCAGUCAAGAGAAUACUGUGGGUAUCAUUGGAGGUGUGUCGGUUCUUUCCACGUUAAUUUUCCUUGAGAAGUUCGUGUUAUGGAGCUCGAGAGAAGAACGUGAAAACAUCCCUUUUAUUGUCUGCAGUGAUCCAAUGGUCGUAAAGGAUGCUUAUAAAUCAAGCAUUGCAAUGUCUUCUGCAAGUCAUGAAUUGGUUUCUGAUAGCAAUGAUGAAGAGAUCUCUGCAGGAUUAGAUCGAGUUAGAUUAGUCGAGAAUCUGAGAGAAAAAAGGAUGUUUCUUGAAGGAGGAGGAGCGCGAUGUAUAGUCAUGCCUUGCCACCUUUCCCAUGCUUGGUAUGGUGAGAUUUCGCAAGGUUGUGAGCAACCUUUUCUUCAUGUGGCUGAGUGUGUUGUUAAGGAGCUUAAGGAAGCAAGAUUCAGGCCUUUAGAAGUUGGCAGUUGUGUAAAAGUUGGAGUUCUAGCAAGUGAUGCUACUUUAGUAGCAGGAGUUUAUCAGGAAAAACUACAGGAUCAGGGGUUUGAGGUAGUGUUGCCAGAUAAAUCAACCAUGGAGAACAUCAUAAACCCUGCCAUGAUCUCGUUGAAGCAGAAGGACAUGAAGGGAGCACGCAACUUGUUAAGAAUCGCGAUCCAAGUCCUUCUGGUGAAAGCUGUGAAUACCGUGAUCAUUGCCUCCCAUGAUUUGCAAUGUCUGUUACCUCAUGACGAUCCUCUUGUAAAGAAAUGCAUUGAUCCUAUGGAUGCUUUAGCAAGAUCAGCUGUAAGAUGGGCAAAAUCUGCAAAGUUACACAAGAGAAACUUAAACAGUAUUCCUAAUUAUUAGUCCUGUUCUUUGUUUUGUUGAUGGUAAUUAAAUCCUGUACAAAGGUUCAGCCAAAAUAGUAGAAGUUUUCUUCUUGGUUCACAUGAUGAUUUUCAUCAUAUGUAUUGUUGAAGUUUUCUUCUUAGUAUAUAUUAUGUUUGAUAUGAUUUCAUCC